AUGGGAAGAGGAGGUUCGUCUCCGACAGGAUUCGCGAUAGGCAUCAUUCUGGGGCCGAUCAUCGCCGUGCAGAAGAUGGCCGGCAUCAUCGGGGUUGAUCUCACUGCCGAAUCCAUGGGGAUGCAGGAACCGGACUAUGCCUUCUCUCCAGCAAGUGUUGGGCAGCGUCUGGACUCUCUAGAGAUCUGUGAGGUCAAGCGCAGCAGCAGCCAAGUCGACCAGGAGGAGGUAGUGUGUGCUGUGUGUCAAUGUGCCUUCGAGGAUGAGGAGCAAGGCUUCGUGCUACGGGGGUGCCAACACAAGUUCCACGUUCAAUGUCUCUCGCCAUGGCUUGAGAGAAGGCACACUUGCCCCUGCUGUCGCGAAUCUCUAGGAAGCACUCCCUUAAGGAGUUCUCGGCCCACAGUCUCCAUCGCAGAACUUAGGGAAGAGGAUGUUCCAGCAGAGGCGUCGCCCGGCCCCGAAACCUCGGAGAUAGAAGACUGUGGACAUGAGGCUUCCUGUGAGGUCAAAGGUGGAAGACCAGAUCUGAACGAGUACUCGGGUGCAGGAAAAGCGUUUGAGAAGAAUAACCUUGAGCUCGAGCCCAUGUGCUUGUCGCUAACGAAAGAGAGGACAUCAUAUUGA